AUGGCCAACGUCACGCCAGCUAAGCUGGAUAACAUGGAAGCCCAACAGCAGCAGCAGCAGCAGCAGCAGCAGCAGAACAACAACGCCCCGCGGUGGGAGAACACAGACCACCACCACCGGCCCUGGGAUGAGACCACCGCCAGUGCCAAGCUCUUUGAAUGCUCGCGGAUCAAGGCCUUAGCCGAUGAGCGAGAUGCCGUGCAAAAGAAGACCUUCACCAAAUGGGUCAACUCCCACCUGUGUCACGUCUCCUGCCGGAUCAGCGACCUCUACACAGACCUGCGUGAUGGAUACAUGCUGACGAAGCUGCUGGAGGAGCUCUCUGGGGAGCAGCUGCCCAAACCAACCCGUGGCCGGAUGCGGAUCCACUCCCUGGAGAACGUGGACAAGGCCCUGCAGUUCCUGAAGGAGCAGCGGGUCCACCUGGAGAACGUGGGCUCCCACGACAUCGUCGACGGCAACCACCGCCUGACACUGGGCCUCAUCUGGACGAUCAUCCUGAGAUUCCAGAUCCAGGUCAUUAAGAUUGAAACGGAGGACAACCGAGAGACCCGCUCAGCCAAGGACGCCCUGCUGCUCUGGUGCCAGAUGAAGACGGCCGGGUACCCCGAGGUCAAUAUCCAGAACUUCACCACCAGCUGGCGAGAUGGGCUGGCCUUUAAUGCUCUCAUCCACCGACACAGACCAGACAUAAUUGAUUUCAAGAAGUUGACCAAAUCCAACGCUGCUUACAACCUCCAGCAGGCCUUCAACACAGCUGAACAGCAGCUGGGACUGGCCAAACUGCUUGACCCUGAAGAUGUCAACAUGGAGCAUCCCGACGAGAAGUCCAUCAUCACCUACGUGGUCUCCUUCUACCAUUACUUCUCCAAGAUGAAGGCCCUGGCUGUAGAGGGGAAGCGGAUUGGGAAGGUGCUGGAGCAGGCUCUGGAGAUUGAGAAGAUCAUUGAGCGCUACGAGUCUCUGGCCACGGAGCUGCUGGAGUGGAUCGAGCUCACCAUCGCCAUCAUCAGCAACCAGAAGUUUGCCAACUCCCUGGCUGGGGUCCAGCAGCAACUGCAGGCCUUCACUGCCUUCUGCACCCUGGAGAAACCCGUCAAGUUUCAGGAGAAGGGGAACCUGGAAGUCUUGCUCUUCUCCAUCCAGAGCAAGCUUCGAGCCAACAACCGCAAGCUCUAUGUGCCCAAAGAGGGGAAGAGCAUCUCAGACAUCAACAAGGCCUGGACCAGGCUGGAGAAGGCAGAGCACGAGCGGGAGACGGCCCUGCGCAACGAGCUCAUUCGCCAGGAGAAGCUGGAGCUGCUGGCCCAGCGCUUUGACCACAAGGCCGUCAUGCGGGAGACCUGGCUGAACGAGAACCAGCGGCUGGUCUCCCAGGACAACUUUGGCUACGACCUGCCUGCGGUGGAGGCCGCCAUGAAGAAGCACGAGGCCAUUGAGGCGGACAUCUCAUCCUACCAGGAGCGCAUCCAGGUGGUGGUGGAUCUGGCCCAGGAGAUGGAGUCGGAGGGCUACUAUGACAGCAAGCGCAUCAAUGCCCAGAAGGACAACAUCCUACGCCAGUGGGGUCUCCUGACGGAGCUGCUCAGCGCCCGGCGAGCUCGGCUGGAGCAGAAUGUGGCCCUUCAGAAGAUCUUCCAGGAGAUGGUCUACAUGAUCGACUGGAUGGAUGAGAUGCAGGCCCAGCUGGCAUCCAAGGACUUUGGGAAGCACCUUCUGGAGGUGGAGGAUUUGCUGCAGAAGCACAGCCUGGUGGAGGCCGACGUCUCUGCGCAGAGCGACCGAGUGCAGGCCCUCAACGUGGCGGCCCUCAAGUUCUCGGAGUUGGCAGGCUACCAGCCCUGUGACCCCCAGAUCAUCUGCAACCGGGUGAACCACGUCCACGGCUGCCUGGAGCAGCUGCAGGAGCUGGCGUCCAAGCGGCGCGCGGAGCUGGAGGCCUCCCGCCAGCUGUGGGCCUUCUUCCAAGAGAUGGAGGAGGCCGAGGCCUGGGCGCGGGAGAAGGAGCGCAUCCUGUCCUCCUCGCAGAGUUACGGCAAGGACCUGAGCAGCGUCGCCAAGCUGCUGAGCAAGCACAACAUCCUCCUGGGCGAGCUGGUGGGCCGUCGCUCCUUGCUGCAGACCGCCAUGCGGCGAGGCGAGCAGGCCCUGCUGCGGAGGCGCGGCGGCCCCGGCAACGUCCAGGAGAAGAUCCGGGAGGUGCGCCUGCGCUGGAAGAAGCUGGAGGAGCUGGCGGCCGGCCACCUGCGCAAGCUGCAGGAGGCCAUGAGCUUCUACCAGUUCAGCGCCGACACCGACGACCUGGUGGCCUGGCUGCAGGACGCCUACCGCCUGGUGUCCAGCGACGACUUUGGCCAUGACGAGUUCUCCACGCAGUCACUGGUCAAGAAGCACAAGGGGGCGGCGGAGGAGAUCGACCAGCACCGGGCGGCGGUCCUGGCCCUGCGCAAGCAGCUGGCGGCCCUCUCGCCCGACUACCACGAGCUGGUGGACGUGCAGAUCCGCAUCGUGGAGGUGGAACAGUUGUACGGGGAGGUGGCCGAGGUGGCCGUGCUGCGGCGGCAGUGGCUGCAGGACGCCCUGGCCGUCUACCACAUGUUCAGCGAGGUCAACGCCUGCGAGGUCUGGAUCGACGAGAAGGAGCAGUGGCUCAACCGGAUGGACGUGCCGCAGCAGCUGGAGGACGUGGAGGUGGUGCAGCACCGGUUUGAAAGCCUUGACCAAGAAAUGAACAGCCUGAUGGGCCGGAUUCUGGACGUCAACCAAAUUGUGCAGCAGCUGGUGGAUGGGGGCCACCCAAGUUCCUCUGAAGUCCGAUCCUGUCAGGACCACCUGAACAGCAGGUGGAACCGGGUGGUAGAGCUGGUGGAGCAGAAGAAAGACCACCUGAACUCGAUCCUGAAGAUUCAGAACUACCUGAUCGAGUGCAACGAGAUCAAGUCGCAGAUCCGGGAGAAGCGCAAAGCCGUCGAGUCCACCCAGCACAGCAGCGGCGACCUGGGCAGCGUCCUCUCACUGCAGCGCCGCCUCUCCACCAUGGAGGCUGCCCUGGUGGUGCUGGAGCCCCGUCUAAUUGAGCUGCAGCAGGAGGGGGAGCUGCUGGCCAUCACCCACCCAGCUCAGGCCAUGGAGGUGCUCAUGCAGUUCGAAGAGAUCAGCGAGGAGUGGGAGGCCUUGAAGCGGACCCUGCAGGGCUGCGAGGACUCGCUCACCGUGGCCAGCAGGCUGCAGCAAUUCAUCCAGGACCUGGACAGCUUCCUGACGUGGCUGGUGAAGACCCAGGCGGCUGUGGCCUCCGAGGAGCUGCCCGGCCACCUGUCCGACGCCGAGCGGCUGCUGAACCAUCACGCCUCCCUGAAGGAGGAGAUCAACCGCUACGAGGAGGACUACGCCAAGAUCCAAGCGGUCAACGACGUGCUGGCGCUGGAGGAGGCCGACCUGCCCUACCUCUCGCUCCAGCAGUGGCUGCAGAAGCUGGACGUGGGCUGGAGCAAGCUGCUGGAGAUGUGGGAGAACCGCCGGGAGAUGCUGGUCCAGGCACACAUCUUCUUCCUCUUCCUGCGCGACGCCAAGCAGGCGGAGAUCUGCCUGUACAACCAGGAGGUGACCCUGGCCCAUGCUGAGCUGCCCAUGACAGUGGAAGGGGUGGAGAAGGCCAUCAAGAAGCACAAGGACUUCAUGACAACCAUGGAGCUCAACCUACAGAAGACCACCUUGGCCCUCAAGGCAGGCGAGAGCCUCAUCCGCCAGGGUAACAUCUACAGCGAGCGGGUGAAGGACAAGAUGGAGGCCCUCCAGGCAAAGAGCCAGCAAAAUGUGCAGCUGGCCCGAACGUGGAUGAAGCGCCUCGGGGACCACCUGGAGCUCCAGCACUUCCUGCAGAAUUGCCAUGAGCUCGAUGGCUGGGUGGCCGAGAAGGAGGCGCUGAUGGCCGGCGAGGCGCCCCGCGACGCCGACGCGCCUUCGUGGAAGCAGCAGCAGCAGCAGCGGGCGCCCAAGCGAUGGCUCCGGCACCGCGCCUUCAUGGCCGAGCUGGCCCAGAAUAAGGAGUGGCUGCGCAAGAUCGAGAAGGAGGGGCAUCAGCUGAUCGAGGAGAAGCCGGAGCUUGCAGAAACCGUGAGGAAGAAGCUGGUGGAGAUCCGGCAGUGCUGGGCGGAGCUGGAGUCCACCACGCAGGCGAAGGCCCGGCAGUUGCUGGAAGCCACCAAGGCCGACCACCUGGUGCAGAGCUACACAGACCUCGACAAGCGCCUGCACCACAUGGAGAGCCAGCUUCAGGCGGUGGAUCCUGGGCCCGACCUGGCCAGCGUCAACAGCAACCUCAAGAAGCUCCAGACCAUGGAGACCCAGGUGGAGGAGUGGUACAAGGAGGUGGGGCAGCUGCAGGCACAGGUGGCCGCUCUGCCGCUGGAGGCCGACAGCAAGGAGGCAGUGGGCGAGAGGCAGAGCUCGGUCGGGACCCGCAUCGUGCGGCUGAUUGAGCCCCUCAAGGAGCGCCGGAGGAUCCUGCUGGCCUCCAAGGAGGUGCACCAAGUCAGCCACGACCUGGAAGACGAGAUCAACUGGGCACAGGACCGUCUGCCAUUGGCCACGCUGAAGGAUCACGGGAACAACCUGCAAACAGUCCAGCAGUUCAUCAAGAAGAACCAGAACCUGCGCCGGGAGAUCCAGGUGCACAAGCCCCGGAUGGACGACGUCCUGGAGCGCGCGAGGGCUGUCGCUGCCAUCAAGAGCCCCGAGGUGGACGCGGUGCGGCUGCUCCUGGAGAAGCUGUCCGAGCUCUGGGCGCGCCUCCAGGCGGAGACGGAGCAGCAGCAGCAGCUCCUGGAUGCCACCUACCAGGUGGAGCAGUACUACUUCGACGUGGGCGAGGUCGAGGCCUGGCUGAGCGAGCAGGAGCUCUUCAUGAUGAACGAGGACAAGGGCAAGGAUGAACAGAGCACCUUGCAGCUGCUGAAGAAGCACCUGUUGAUGGAGCAGACGGUGGAGAACUAUGCCGAGACCAUCGCCCAGCUGUCGCGGCAGUGCCGGGCGCUGCUGGAGCUGGGGCACCCUGACAGCGAGCAGAUCAGCCGGAGGCAGUCUCAGGUCGACCGGCUCUACGUGUCCCUGAAGGACCUGGUGGAGGAGCGCAAGGCCAGGCUGGAGCAGCAGUACUGGCUCUACCAGCUCAGCCGGGAGGUGGACGAGCUGGAGCACUGGAUUGCCGAGAAGGAGGUGGUGGCCGGCUCUCCGGAGCUGGGGCAGGACUACGAGCACGUGACGCUGCUGCAGGAGAAGUUCACUGAGUUUGCCAGCGAGACAGGCAGCCUGGGCAACGAGAGGAUCUCGGCCGUCAACCAGAUGGUGGAUGAGCUGAUCGACUACGGGCACGCAGACGCCGCCACCAUCGCCGAGUGGAAGGACGGGGUGAACGAGGCCUGGGCGGACCUGCUGGAACUGAUGGAGACGCGGGCCCAGAUGCUGGCGGCCUCCCACGAGCUGCACAAGUUCUUCAGCGACUGCAAGGACGUGCUCUCCCAGAUUGAGGAGAAGCAGCAGCGGCUGCCUGAGGUCACCGCCAGGGAGCCCAAGACCUCAGCCGGCGCCCUGCAGAGGAUGCUCAGCGCCUUCGAGCACGACGUCCAGGUCCUGGUGACGCAGGUGCGGCAACUUCAGGAAGUGGCCGCCCAGCUGAGGACGGUGUACGCGGGCGAGAACGCGGAGGCCAUCGCCACCAAGGAGCAGGAAGUGAUGCGUUCCUGGAAGGAGCUGUUGAGCUCGUGCGAGGAUUGCCGGCUGCAGAUCACCACAACCACAGACAAGAUCCGCUUCACCAGCAUGGUGCGGGACCUUGUCUCCUGGAUGGACACCGUCAUCUGCCAGAUUGGCACCGGCGAGAAGCCCAGGGACGUGUCCACAGUGGAAGUGCUGAUGAACUACCACCAGGGCUUGAAGAGCGAGAUCGAGAGCCGCAACAAGAGCAUUGCUGCCUGCGUGGACCUGGGCAAGAUGCUGGUGCUGAACAAGAGCCCUGCCGCGGAGGAGAUCAAAUUCCACCUGGAGAAGCUGAUGACCAAGAAGAAAGAGAUGGUGGACAAGUGGGACCAGCACUGGCAGUGGCUGCAGCAAAUGCUGGAGGUUCACCAGUUUGCUCAGGAGGCGGUUGUGGCUGACGCCUGGCUCACCGCCCAGGAGCCGCUGCUGAAGAGCCGGGAGCUGGGCAACAGCGUGGACGAGGUGGAGCAGCUGCUCCGGCGGCACGAGGCUUUCCGCAAAGCGGCUGCGGCUUGGGAGGAGCGCUUCAGCUCCCUGCGGCGCCUCACUACGAUCGAGAAGCUGAAGGCCGAGCAGAGCAAGCAGCCGCCCACUCCCCUGCUGGGCCGCAAGGUCUUUGCCGACCCAGCCGAGUUGAGCAGCAAGGCCUCCUCCCUCCUGCGCCAGCCGCUUUACGAGAAGGAGCUACUGCGGGGCCGGGCGGAGACCCAGACGCUGCUCAAUGCGGCCAAGCCGGAGGCCCUGGAGCGGGCCGAGGCCAAGGUGGCCUACGUGCGCCAGGAGCUGAAGCCCGAGCGGCUGCAGCCCAAGAUCGACCGCCUGCAGGAGGGGCUGGUGGCCGUGGCGGAAGCCAAAGCCCAGGAGAAAGCGGCCGAGGCCAAGGCCGCCGCGGAGGAGGCAGUCCGGCCCGAGACCCUGGGCCGUGCCGCCGGGGCCCUGGCGGAGCAGCUGGAGGCCAAGGCGACCCGGGCGGAGGCGCACGUGGAGAGACACCGGGAGCGCUACGAGCGGCGGCUGGAGCGGCAGGAGGCCAGCGAGCAGGAUGCGCCCCGCCAUGAGCAGAGCGAGCGCCGGCGAGAGCGCCGGGAGCGCCGGCUGGAGCGCCAGGAGUCCAGCGAGCAGGACACGCCCCGGCGAGAGCGGCACGAGCGCCGGCUGGAGCGCCAGGAGUCCAGCGAGCCGGAGGCGCCGCGCAACGACCCCAAGGGAGGCGGCAAAGCUACGCUGGCAGACAUUGUGGAACAGCUCCAGGAGAAGGAGGCGACGGACCCUGCGCCCGCAGCAGCAGCGCCCCCACCCGCCGCCCAGCGUGAAAGGGAGUCGCCCGCUCGCUUGCCCAACGGCCUGGACCUGCUGCCCGAGAGGACGCCCCGCCCUGACAGGCCUCGUGCCCGUGACAGGCCCAAGCCCCGCCGGAGGCCUCGGCCCAGGGACCCCAACGCACCGCCCGGGGAGAGCCGUCGGUCCCGCUCGGCCCCUGCACAGAGCAGCGCCCCGCCCCCACCGCCCCCCACGCACACCGCCCAGCAGGAGGGCUACCUUCUCCGCAAGCUCGAGCUGGAGGGGCCGAACAAGAAGGCCUCCAACAGGUCCUGGAUCAACCUGUACUGCGUCCUCAGCAAAGGGGAGCUGGGCUUCUACAAGGACUCCAAGGGCCGGGAAUCCGGCAGCACGCACGCCAACGAGCCCCUCCUGAGCCUGCUUAACGCCACGGGCGAGGUGGCCAGUGACUACAAGAAGAAGAAGAACGUGCUCAAGAUCAAGACCAGCGACGGGGGCGAGUUCCUCCUGCAAGCCAAGGAAGAGGAGGAGAUGAAGUCCUGGCUGACGGCGCUUUCCACCUCCAUCUCGGAACACACGGAGAUCGCCCGGUGGGGCCAGGCCCUGCUCACCACCUCCUCGACGGAUGAGGGCAACCCCAAGCGGGACGCCGACCGCAGGGCCAGCACCUCCGGCAGGAAGAAAUGAAGCUGCUGCCCCAGAGGCUGUGAGGAGCCCCUGCAGAGCAGUCCGGUCCAGCGACGGGGCCCACAGUCUCCCGAUGUGCUUGCCGGGAGCACCCUUUGCCAGACUCGAGAGCAUUUUGGUGCGCAGGGAGGGAUGCCGGGACCGGUCCUGGCCAGGAGACCUGCUGCUGCCUGCAGAGGAGAGGAAGGGGGCCCGGCAGACCACGCUGGGGAAGCGGCCGUCUCCGCUUGCAGGCCUCUUUUCGAAGCCGGUGCCUGCUUGAACCAGUCCAAACCAUGCAGACGCUGAGUGGGCACUGAUCAGCCGGGACUGCCACCUCCAGAGACACGGGCGGACUUUGGGCAGGCAGGCUGGCUGCCUCUGUGGCAGAUGCCAGGAGCUGGGGAGGGGGUCCUCGCAACUUCACGGGGCGCUGGAAGCACAGGGGCAUUUGCUUUGCCCCAGAUGGGGCCCAGAAAAUAAUAGGCACCCAAAUCAGGCCUUGUUUUCUGGUUUAACACCCAGCCUUGCAUUUUCAUCUGUGGUGCAGCAGCUGAAGAAGCCGGCCCACGGGCUCUUCCGCUCAUCCAGUUCUCUGGAAUUUCCACCAUGUCCCAUCACGUGGAAACCUCCCUCGGAAGAGUCCCCGUCGGCUGAGCCAAGCCGGCCCGAGAGUGAGGUGAUCCAGGGGAGACUCCCGCUCGGGGAGCUGCACCUGCGGCUUCUUCUGCUUUCUCUGGGAAUGCUUUGAGGGGGCUUCGGGGACCUCUGCCAGGCCCCCCGCUUCUUCCUUCCAGCUUCAUGUCUUCCGGUCAGCUACAGAACUUCCACGAAAUGGUGCUGUUGUGGGUGAAAAAUGCCCCUUGAGCAGUGU